CCGGGCCACCGUCACCGCCUGUCCCUGGCUCCGCCGGCCGCCGGCUCCGAAACGCGAGCGCAGGGCGGAGGGGAGGGGCAGGCGGCGCCCGGGAGGGAGGCACCGGGCCGCAGGCCAAGCAGACCGGGGGUCACAAUUUGGGUUUGCAGCAAAAAUGCUUUCAGAACAGACAGCAGCCCUGGGGGCAGGAUGGGAGUCAAUGAAUGUCCAGCUGGAUGGAGCCGAGCCCCAGGUGGAAAGGGGAAGCCAGGAAGAAGGGCCAUGGAGAACAGCGCCAGGGCCACUGGAGCACCUGUGCUGUGACCUUGAAGAGGAGCCACAGUCCCUUCAGGAGAAGGCUCAGUCUGCUCCCUGGGUUCCUGCCAUUCCUCAGGAGGGGAGCACCGGAGACUGGGAGAUGGCAGCUGCACUUCUUGCAGCCGGAUCACAGGGCCUGGUAACCAUCAAGGAUGUGUCGCUGUGCUUCUCUCAGGAGGAGUGGCGGAGCCUGGACCCCUCUCAGACAGACUUUUAUGGAGAAUAUGUCAUGCAGGAAAACUGUGGGAUAGUGGUCUCUCUGAGAUUUCCAAUUCCCAAACUGGAUAUGCUUUCUCAACUAGAAGGUGGGGAAGAACAAUGGGUCCCUGACCGCCAGGAUUUGGAAGAGAGGGACAUCCUGAGAGUCACAUAUACAGGAGAUGGAAGUGAACACGAGGGAGACACUCCUGAACUAGAAGCAGAACCUCCCAGAAUGUUAUCCAGUGUGUCUGAAGAUACUGUUCUUUGGAACCCAGAGCAGGAAGAGAGCUGGGAUUCCAUGCCUAGGAGCUCCAGAGGAAUGCUUCUAGGCCCACCUUUUCUUCAAGAAGAUAGUUUCUCAAACCUUCUGUGUAACACAGAAAUGGAUUCCCUAUUAAGACCCCACACAUGCCCUCAAUGUGGUAAACAGUUUGUGUGGGGCUCCCACCUUGCCAGGCAUCAGCAAACCCACACUGGGGAGAGGCCUUACAGCUGCCUUAAGUGUGAGAAGAGCUUUGGGCGAAGACAUCACCUGAUCCGGCAUCAGAAAACCCACCUGCAUGACAAGCCAAGCAGGUGCUCUGAGUGUGGCAAGAAUUUCCGAUGCAACUCCCAUCUGGCCAGUCACCAGAGAGUGCACGCAGAAGGCAAAUCCUGUAAGCCCCAAGAGGCUGGGGAGAGCCCUGGGACUAGGAAACGGCAGCGCACCCCACCAGUGCCAAAGUGCCACGUGUGCACUGAGUGUGGGAAGAGCUUUGGUCGCAGGCACCACCUGGUGAGACACUGGCUGACCCACACUGGGGAGAAGCCCUUCAAGUGCCCGCGCUGUGAAAAGAGCUUUGGCCGCAAACAUCACCUGGACAGGCACCUGCUGACCCACCAGGGACAAAGUUCCCGGAGCAGCUGGGAUAGAGGAACAUCUGUCUUUUGAAAUGUUUCAGCUGUGGUCAAGCCUAUCAGUUGGUGCUACCAGGAGUCUCUUCCAGGGCUGCUCCUCUCCCAUACCCAAUGGCCAGAAUCAUGAACUCUGGUCCCAUCCCUAGAAAGAUGAGGUUCCAGCAUUGGCCAGAGCAUUUCUGACCAUUUCUGUGAGACACCACACAAAAUAGGAUUCUUUGGGCAAAAACUUUUGGGAAACAAUGCAUACUACAUGGGCUGAUAUUUAACCUGAGCCCUUUCUCAAAGGUACAGUGGUACCAGCAGUUUAUGGCUGAGGUCCAUUCUGAUUAGUUGGAGCCCAUGCCGUACUAGUUGUUAAAUACUGAGUAUCAUCCUUGUAUAUUAUAACUACUAUAUUUCUAUAUAUACACAUAUAGAGAAAGAGCAUAUUAGCAUAUUAAAGACUCUGAAAACUUCUGCAGCAGAGCGAACUGUUAAACCUCUUUUAUACAUUGUUUCCUAAAUUUAUUUGGCCUCAGUAUCCUUUCUCUUUCCCAUCCCAUAGAACUGGUGACUCCAUCCAACACACUUUGGUGAACAUCGGGUUAGAGAAUAAUGAGGAAACAGGAGAGGAAGAGGAAAGAGAUAGAUAGUGAUCAGGCACCCAGAGCCCCCUUGAUUUAUCCAGAUGAAAGCUGGUGGCCAGAGCUCAUGCCUGUUUGUGUCAGUCCCCCUUACUCACAUCACCCAUAUAUACAGCCACAGCUCUCAUCUCCACCUACUGAAAAAUAGAAAGAUUAAUCUCUCCACCCCCUUAUCCCUAUUGCCUUCAUCCUGUACAUACGUAUAUCCAGCUGCAAGAUCACACUACAAUGCUAAGAGAUGAACCUUAUACCUGCAAGUAAUCCAGGCCCACACAGAAGAAGAAAGGAAAAACUUUAUCCCCUUGAACAGACCCCUCUACUCUUGACUGUGUCUUUAUGUGUCUAUGUGUAUCUGUGUGCAGGGUUUUUGAAGAGAGCAUGCUAAGUGCAAACUGCACAAGCUAGGUUUUCUGGGGUCUGUGUUCUAGGGAUGAGGGUAGUGGGGAUUGUAUGGAAUUUUUUAUUUGUUUUGCUUCAAGAUAGGAAGUAAUCUGGGUGACUAAGGGAGCCCGAGUGGAAGGGAUUAAGUGAUGAGCUAAGUUGUGGAGUUGAGGGAUAAAGCUUCCCAAGCAUCACUGAGAGCAAGACAUACCUGUGGAUAUAUGUACAUAUCUGGGUCCAAAUCUCUGGACCCAGUUUGUUCUUGGCUGGGAGGAAAGAGGAAGAAAGAUCUUCACUGAAGUGAGCUGUUUCUUGUUGAUUUCAGGCAACAUACAUAUACAAGCUAUGUACUGAGGGAGUUUUUUUGUUGUGUUGUGUGUAAGUGCUUGGCAGUUAAGACAGGGAUCAGGGCACUUGCAAACUGUUGUCAACACUCUUCUUUGACUUUGAUUAUCUUGUCAAGGGGACAGAUUCAUCUUGAGGAUCUCAUUCUCCCAAAAACAAAACUUUAGGGGAAAUGCCUCUUGCUUAGCUUUUCCCUCUAAGACUUUUAACUCCAGUACUUGCAUAAGCAUUCUAGCAUCUGUUAGUUGAUGAGUUGGUCAUUGUUUCUCUUUAUUGGUGAUUGUGUUAAUACCAAUCUUAUAACUUAAAAGUUAUCUUGUAACAUAUAAGAGCAGUUUGGGGUUAGGGAGGGAGAGAAACAAAGAGGAUGAAAGUGAGAUAUUUUUUCUGUAAUGCUUAAAUUCUGGUUUUUCCCUAAGACACUUAUUUUUCAGCCACAGUUGGUUAAAUUAACCAGAGAGGAAAGAAGAGGUACACUGUAACCAUCUAGUUUAAUGACUGCCCCAUUUGCAUAGGAAAAAAGAGGUGAAUCACAGUUUCUACAGUCCCGGACCCAAAUGAACCUGGAAAUAGGGUCAUUUUGCUGACUGGGCUUCUUGGAGUGGAUGUGACUUGGGCAAUUCUGUCUGCCCCCACCUCCCUUCUGCUGCUUCCUUUGCUUGGAAUGCAUUUCCCUUGCAUGUGUUCCCAUGAAUAGAGCAAAAUGGCCAGCCUUUUUUAGGCAAGCCUUGUCCUCUGUCCUCGGAAACACGACCAUUUUUAGGAUCAGUAUUAAAAGAUGCCCCAAGGAACAGUAAAGUAUUGGGCUCCAGUGGUGAAAGUGGACUAUACCAUUUUCUUUACACUUCCACUUUGUCUCAAUUUUUACUGCAUAUCAGCUCUGUGUAAGCAAAUGUUUAACACCUGUUUUGGAUCACAGACCAUUCUGAGAAUCUGUUGAAAACAAAAACUCACAUUUGAGAAAAAUGGACAUUUACAGUUCACUUAGUUCUGUAAAUACAUUUGUUUUAGCAGAUUCAGAGCCUAUCCUUGGAACUGCUGAACGGGAGUCAAAGAAAGGGCGUUACCCUGGCCAAUAUGGUCAUUAUGCAUUUGUGUCAAGAAUUACAGAGCAAAGAUCACUAACUAUUGUAAGAACUAAAAUACCAGAGGCAGUAGGGUAUAAAGAUAGCAUCUGUUCUUUAAUGACUACAAGGUUACUGCUUAUAUUCUAUGUCUUAAAAAAGAUCUGACAUGCUGAGAAACCUAGCUCCUCAUAAACCUUGUUUUAAAUACCUGUGCAAGACGGCAUUCCUUACACCCAAAGGGCAGUACAUAGGGUUCUUCUAGACUGGAGGUAUGACAUCAUGCCUCCUAAUAGCCACAUGUUAAGCUCCAGCCUUUUAACCUUUUUUGGUAAUAGCAAAGAUAGAAAAUGAAGCCCCCAAAGCAUAGGUGCAGACAGUCAUAACACUCACCUGAAAGAUUUCAUGGAUUCUAAAGGCCUCUGCUGAAGGGGCAACACUUUGGGUCAUUUCUGAUGUACCAUUCUCUUCUCUACCUCGGUCUAUGCCACCUCCUCUUGGAUGAAAAAUAAAACAAGCAACAGCCAUCA